GCUCUCGGGGGCUUGACAGAUGGAGUUGGUUUGACUCGGAGUCUCGGCUGAUCACACUUUAGGGAAACAGGAAGAAAUUCACAUUUUAAACUCUGCAAUGACAGGUGAACAGACUGAACAUGGAGAAAACUCAACGAACUCGCAGAACGAAAGGCUGAUCAACCAGCUGAAGGAGAUCACUGGCAUCCAGGACCCACAGAUCCUCUACAAGGCCUUGAAUGCCAGUCAGGGUGACAUUGGACAUGCUGUUGGACUGCUGACAACCCAGCCUGCUGAGGUUCAGGAUCCUGGAGAACAACAACAGUCAGGGACCUCUGCAGAGGCUUGGGAGGGCCAGAAAGACCUUCCUAAAGAUGAACUACAGGCAGCCAUAGAGCUCAGCCUGCAGGAGUCCCACAAUGCCCAGGAAGAGGAGAGAGAACUCAACAGAGCUCUUGAGGCCAGUGCAGAGGAGAAUGCAGCGAGGAUGAAGAGGAAGAGAUGUGAAGCCCAGAGUGAGAUGUGCAGCCCUGCAGACUGGAUCCGUCAGGACGACUGGCCCGUGGGCAUUCGUAAUGUUGGAAACACCUGCUGGUUCAGUGCCGUCAUUCAGUCACUGUUUCACCUGCCCGUGUUCAGGAGGCUGGUUCUCAACUAUCACCUGUCUGAGCGAGUUCUGGAGAAGUGUAAGAGCCAUUCUGACAAGAGGAACAUAGCCUUCAUGCAGGAGCUGCGUUGUUUGUUCGCCCUCAUGCUGGGCUCCACUCGAAGGUUUGUGGAUCCUUCUGCAGCCGUGGAGUUGCUGCGAGACGCCUUCAGGACCAGUGAGGCUCAACAGGAUGUCAGUGAGUUCUCCCACAAGCUGCUGGACUGGUUAGAGGAUGCUUUUCAGCUUGCUGCCAAAGGAAAUAACGCAGAAGACAAGAAACAUAACCCCAUGGUUCAGCUUUUCUACGGCACCUUUGUGACAGAAAGAAAACAUGAAGGCAAAACUUUGUGCAACAUCGAGCAGUUUGGUCAGUAUCCCCUGCAAGUCAACGGCUUCAACAACCUGGAUGAAUGCUUAGAGGGCGCUAUGGUUGAGAAGGAGAUUGAGUCAGUGCAUUCAGAUCACAGCACCACGUCCUGCCGAGAGAGAUGGUUCAAAAAGUUACCCCCAGUCUUGACAUUUGAACUCUCAAGAUUUGAAUUCAACACACAGCUCGGCCGUCCUGAGAAGAUACACAAGAAACUCGAGUUCCCACAAAUCAUUUAUAUGGACAGAUAUCUUCACAAAAACAUCCAACAGACCCACGAGAGGAGAGGGGAGGUGAAAAAACUCAAGGAUCAGCUCGCAGCCCUUCAACAGAAGCUUGAGUGCUACAGAAACUAUGGAUCAGGACCUACCAAGUACCCUCUGGCUGACAUGCUGCAAUUUGUUCUGGAGUUUGCUACCACCAAGCCGACCACUCUUUCUCCUGCUGAAGAUCUCAGACCAACUUCACCCUCUCCUGCAAACCAUCCCCUAGGUGAACCUAUCUGCAAAGACAACAGUGAAUCUGAAGACCCAGAUUCAGCAGAAGGCCUUGUUUCCAGUGUUUCCAGUUGCCAGCGGACCCCCAUUUAUAAGCCCUUCACCCAGUGUAGACACCCCAUUGAGUGCCCACCCCAUCCAGCCCCUCACAGCAUCACAGAAGAGGAGCUACACUUUGUAAAGACCUGCCUACAGCGCUGGAGGACCGAAGUAGAGAAUGACAUAAAUGAGCUAAAGGCCAGCAUUGACAAGCUCACUCAGAUGCUGGAGGGCAUGUACUCAGACAACAGCCUCUGCCAGGUACCUUACAGGCUCCAUGCAGUGCUGGUCCAUGAAGGCCAGGCGUCAGCAGGUCAUUACUGGGCUUACAUCUACGACCACGCCAACCAGCGCUGGAUGAAGUAUAACGACAUAAGUAUCACUGAGUCUUCAUGGGAGGAGCUGGAGAGAGACUCAUUUGGAGGCAUGACCAACGCCAGUGCUUACUGUCUGAUGUAUAUCGAUGACAGGAUACCCCAACUUAUCACAGAUGACACAGAUGAUGAAACAGGCCAGGUGCUGCGUGGCAUGGACUCGCUGCCCUCCGUCCUCAGACGUUACGUCCAUGAAGAUAACCGCUGGUUCCAGCAGGAGCUCAGUGAAUGGGAAGAGCAGUUCUGUCAGACUGCAGCCCCACAGGGAGAGUCCACAUCCUGUGCAGAGCCCCCAAACCCAAAUCCAGACGAUGUACAGCAAACACCAGUUGAGCCGGCGCCCCAGUCAGGACCGACAGCUGAGGAGCCGGACCAGGAAGCUCCUUCAGAACCCCAAUCAGACCCAGAAACGGAGAAGAGGCCAGAGUCCGAGUCCACAGAGAAACCUGAAGCAGAGUCAGAGUUAACACCACCACCACCUCAGACCCCUGGCUGCCAGUCAGACGACACCAGCAGCACAACAGUCACUGAUACCGUCCUGGGAACCAGUGAGAGCUCCACCAGCACCGCAGAGAGAGAGCGUCAGAGUCAGACUCCUGGCCCUGAGUCAGAGCUUAUCAACCGGCCAGCAGCUGACACCCAUGAGGAGAAGGAGGACUCACAGGGGUCAGAUCCCAGCCCUCAAGCUGAGGGUGAUUCAGGAACUUCUGGAGAAACCCCUGAACAGGAGGCAAAACAGGAGGGAGAGGAGCAGCAGCAGCAACUGGAGGAGGUCCCACCGACGAGACAGAGACAGACUGAGAACGAGGUGUCAGAGGUGGAGAUCCCCAAUGUGGGCAGGAUCAUGGUGAGGGCGGAUGCUGACGGAUACAAUGAAGAGAUGAUGCUGACUCCAGCUAUGCAGGGUGUCAUCCUGGCCAUAGCCAAGGCCAGACAGAUUUUUGAUAGUGAAGGACCUGAGGCUGGCCUCAUCAAGGCCUUCCAUGAGGAGUAUUCCCGUUUGUAUGAGCUCUCCCAGGAGGAGAUGACACCCCAGGAGGAUGCUCGUUUGCAGCAUUCGCUGGUCUACUUCUUUCAGAACAAGGCUCCUAAACGAGUCAUUGAGAGGACACUGCUGGAACAGUUUACUGACCGCAACCUGAGCUUUGAUGAGAGGGCUAUCAGUAUCAUGAGGGAAGCCCGGUCCAAGCUGCGCCUCAUCCAACCAGAGGACAUGGAUAUGGAUGAAUACCUGCAGUGGCACGAUGACUACAAGCUGUUCAGAACUGUGUUUGUCUACCUGCUGACCGGACUGGAGCACUACCAGCACGGGAAGGUGAGAGACGCACUGACCUACCUGGCUCAUGCGUACCAGACCAACGCCAACCUGCUGAAGAACGGAGAGACGCGCGGCAUGGACAAGUCUUUCAUUGCACUUUACAGGAGGAAGUGCCUCAUGGCACUGAACGAAAGCGCUUCACGGAUGUUCUGCAGUGGUGAAGAGACCAGUGUGGAGGAGGGCAUCUCCAUCAUGGACGAGGCCGUCAUCCCCUGCCUUCACCUGAUGAGCCGGGACUCGUCUUUGUCCCAGGAGGACUGCGAUGCCAUGGAGAGCAUCCGCAACCACUGGUGCUGCUGCCUGAGCCAGGACAUGGAUGCCUCCCUGCAGGUGAAGCUGGGCGAGUUUCUACCCAGGGUUCUGGACGGUUCAGCAGAGACUGUUGUUCUCAAAGACCCUCCAAACGUCCCCGUCAGCCAGGCCCACGACCUGUGCAGUCGCAUGGCUGCUGUAAUGGAAUCCAUUCACAACACACCAGUAGUCAUUGUAAAGUAAAUCCCCUGAAUGAAGCCUGUGACAACCUCCUUGACCUGUGUGUUUUAACCUGCAAGCAACUGCAACAGCUGAUGGAUCCCAAUGUGGGCAAGAGACCCAUGUAGAUCUUCAUUUGACAAAUGUUUUAUUUCCUUAUACAUGCUGGGUUAGCAUUGCACAUUAUUAUCAUUUUGAUGUUUUAACACAGAAAGCUGCAAGAGCUCUUUAGGGGUAUGCACAUUACAAAGUAUUACCAAAUCAAGAAACCUGAUCCCUCAGAGUCCUGCUGUUGCAUACAAAAGGUACUAUUUAAUAAGAAUCUCCAGAAGCAGCUUCAUGUGGCUGACGAUGGUAUCUCCAAACUAUUAUUUAUAUUACUUUCCUGCAGAACUGGCAGCUUUAACACAUCUAUUUUACCAGAUUAGCACGUGUCUAGACCUUCUGUCUUUGAAUACCCAUGAGCAUUACACUCACCAUAAUGUUAUGUGCACCGAAUUUGACUUGGUUCCUCAAAACUGAACUGGGAGCUAUAGAAUUUUAACCAGCUUUUCAUCUGUGUUUCACCCACAAGCCAAACAUUCAUUCAUGAGGCAAAGCUGAAGGACAUCAAAGGAAUUAAAACGUUGGCACUUUG